CUGUUGUCGAGGUUGUUCGACGCAGAAGUUGAAAGUUGAAGCUGGAGCGGACAAGGUUUUCGCCGAGGGACAGCUCAGGCCGUAUCGGGCAAUUCGAAUUCUCCAUGUUUAUUUCUUCCCUUGCUUCCACAACCAACCAUAUCCAACACAUUUACAAAAUAUCCAGCUUGUCGAUACAUAGCUGUAUCCUUUUUAUUAAAAUAACAAUCGCAGGCCUCACAAAUCGCAUCUCUCCACCAUGGCUGGAGUCCGGCAUUGGGAGCAAGACAAAGAAGCGACCGUAUAUAUCGGUAAUCUAGAUGAGCGCGUCACAGAUAGCCUGGUCUGGGAGUUGAUGCUCCAAGCCGGCCGCAUCGUCAACGUCCAUCUCCCCAAGGACCGCGUCACGCAGACCCAUCAGGGCUACGGGUUCGUCGAAUUCAUUAGCGAGGAGGAUGCCGAAUAUGCUGCUCGAAUCAUGAACCAAGUCCGCCUCUACGGGAAACCCAUUCGAGUAAAUAAGGCGUCUGCAGACAAGCAAAAGACGGUCGAGGUUGGCGCGGAGUUGUUUGUGGGCAAUCUUGACCCCAUGGUUACAGAGCAGGUGUUAUAUGACACGUUCAGUCGGUUUGGGAGUCUUAUAUCUGCUCCUAAGAUUGCACGAGAUGACGCGAACCUUUCCAAGGGCUACGGCUUCGUCUCCUUCUCUAACUUUGAAGCCUCAGACGACGCAAUUGCAAACAUGAACGGUCAAUACCUCAUGAACAAAGAAAUCUCCGUCCAAUACGCCUACAAAAAGGACGGCAAGGGUGAGCGACACGGCGACCAGGCCGAACGCAUGCUCGCCGCCCAAGCGCGAAAACACAACGUUCAGCCUCAAGCACAACCCCUGCCCCCACAACUUGUUGGGGGCGGAGCGGGCGCGCAUCAAGGAGCCCAGCCUCCACUUGUUGACGGCGAGGGCCCUGGUGCUGUUGGUGCUGGUCGAGGAAUGAACCCUAUCGCUGCGGCUGGCGGUCCACCAGACUUUGGCGGCGGGCGGGGGCUCCCCAUCGUCAACGGCGCCGGUGGCUUCCAUCACAACCAGCACAUGCCACCAGCACAACACCCGCACCCGCACCCGCACCCGCACCAACAACAUCCACACCAACACCAUCGCCCACCACCUCAUGUGCAUCAUCCCCCUCCGGCCCUUUCCGCGCCCCCUCCAGGCCUCCCUGCCCGACCACCCCCAUCCCAAGCCGGCUAUGGCGGGCCGCCACCGCAAGGAUUCGUCCCCCCACCUCGCUUCGGUCAGCAGCCGCCACCAGCUGGCUUUGGGCCUCCUGCGUCUGCAGCAGGUCCCCCAGGUGCUGCACCGCCUCCGCUUCCGCCUGGGUUUCAGCAGCCCGGGUAUGGGAGGGGUCGGUGAUUGCAUGAGAAUUUCUAGGGCUAGUUGCGUAUGUUAUGUUACGGCUGCGGCUACUGCGCCUAAAGGACACCGGAAACUCUGUGCUGUGCCCUGAAAGAUAUUACCGGAAUGUACACCGCCAAUAUAUGACGAAAUGUCUUGCCAUUUGGACAAAGAGAAAGAGCUAAUUGAAGCAUUCCGCCACCCUUAUAUGGCCCUCUUGGAACGUCGAAAGGCUCCAAAGCAUGGAAAGCACACACCAGCAGCAACUCUACAGGUCCCAAGGCGAGGAAAUAAAUGGAGAUUUCAAGAUUUAAUAUCGACCCCAAGCAGGGCGACCCCCAUGGGUGAAGGGGAAACAAACACAAGCUUUGUACUGUACAUAUAGCUGUUAAAUAAGCAAGGAAACUAAAACGUGAGAGGUCAAUGGGGGAAAAUAUAUUUUUAGCUAGACGAAAGCUACCUAAGGCAAGGAGGGGUACAAAAGUUUCAUGGAUUAGUAACUUGUUUCGAUGACAGAAAAGAUUUAGUGGAGAAAGAAGAGGGCAAAAAACUCAAGAGAAACAAUAUUUAAGGAAAAUGAUAGUGGUCGCUGGUGGUUAGGGAGAUAUGUAGUGACGGACAUAGGAAAAAUAGGGGUUGUGUGUUGCUAGCCAGAACGCAGUGAGCAGAAUCAAAUCACGCUUCAUCAGAUGAAUAUAUAUGGAAAGAAAACAAAAGAGUACAAGGAAAUCCCGCUCAAGCCAUUGCAUCCAAUUACCCAUAUACAUCCUAUAGACCCACCCCGCCUUAAAAAGAAAAAGAAAAUCAACCCUUACGAAAAUGAAACAAACUUCGGAUCCCUCGGUCUCCCGUCAGGCCCGAUAUCGUUCUUCGCAAAGCGCCGCUCCAUAUAGAUCCUCCUCGCCUCAUUAAAAUCCACCCGUUGCCGCUUCAUGAUCUUUAGCACCUCACGCUUGCCGACUCGGUCGAGCCCUGCGCGCCCGUCGCCUGAUGCUACAUUGUUGGAGAGAUCGAAGUCUGCGGAAGAGAGCCCUGCUUCCAUGUCGCCAGUGAAGGAUUCAGGGAGGCGGGAAUAGAGGUAGUCGGGUAAGUGGAGGAGCGGGAGCCAAUGAAUACGGGUUAGAUAGAGGGCUGUCAAAUUUGUUAGAUACAGAAGGAGGAGGGAGGGGUUUGGUGGAGAUUAGGGCUUGACGGAUAGACGUUACCUGUGCCCGUGACGAGGGCUAGGAAUGUGAGGGAGUAGAGUAAGUAGGACAUUAUGCUUUUUUCUUCUUCUUUGUAUUCCCCGUAUAUCUUUAUAGGGAUGGCGGAUUACGGCGGAGAUAAAGGGAAGUCUUAGCGUAACUGGUCAAUGGCCUAGCUGUACGGAGUAGUUGAAACGAGUGUUGGAAAGUGGAAUAAAAUGAUGGCAGUAAUAAUAAUAAAUAAUAAAUGGAAAUCAAAAUCGCCGAAUCAAAAGAAAGGAAAUAGUAGAGAAUGUGAAGAGGU